AUGAAAAUUCAUAGUGAAAAGGCAAACCAUGAAUGUAAGGAAUGUGGGAAAACCUUCAGUAGUUCUUCCCACCUCACAGAACACAAAAGAAUUCACAGUGGAGAUAAGCCCUAUGAAUGUAAGGAAUGUGGGAAGGCCUUUAGUUGUUCCUCAUCACUCUCCAAACACAAAAGAAUUCAUAGUGGAGAUAAGCCAUAUGAAUGUAAGGAAUGUGGGAAGGCCUUUAGCUGUUCCUCUCAUCUUAUAAGACAUAUAAGAAUUCACACAGGAGAGAAACCUUAUGAAUGUAAAGAGUGUGGGAAGGCCUUCAGUGAAUCCUCAAAACUCACUGUACAUAUGAGGACACACACCGGAGAGGAACCCUAUAAAUGUAAGGAAUGUGGGAAAGCCUACAAUUGCCCCUCCUCCUUAAGUAUCCACAUGAGAAAACACACUGGAGAGAAACCUUAUGAAUGUCUGGAAUGUGGAAAAGCCUUCUAUCUUCCCACUUCCCUGAACACACAUGUGAAAAAUCAAAGUAGAGAGAAACCCUAUGAAUGUAAGGAAUGUGGGAAGGUCUUCAGUUGUCCCUCAUCCUUUAAAGCACACAUGAGAGAUCACAAUGGUAAGGUGCAAUAUGAAUGUAAGGAGUGUGGGAAGGCCUUUAGUCGUUCCUCAUCCCUCACUGAACACCUAAGAACUCACAGUGGAGAAAAGCCUUAUGAGUGUGAAGAAUGUGGGAAAGCCUUCAUUAGUUCUUCCUAUCUUACAGUACAUAGAAGAACUCACACUGGAGAGAAACCUUAUGAAUGUAAAAAAUGUGGGAAAGCCUUUAUUCGUUUCUCACCUUUUAGUAUCCACAUGAGAACCCACACUGAGGAAAAACCAUAUGAAUGUAAGGAAUGUGGGAAGGCAUUUCGACAUUCUUCUUACCUUACUAUACAUGCAAGAAUGCACACUGGAGAAAAACCCUUUGAAUGUCUGGAGUGUGGAAGAGCUUUCAGUUCUCCCUCAUCCUUUGGGAGACAUGUGAGAAGCCAUACUGGAGAGAAACCAUAUGAAUGUAAGGAAUGUGGGAAAGCCUUCAUUAGUUCUUCCUAUCUUACAGUACAUACAAGAACUCACACUGGAGAGAAACCUUAUAAAUGUAAAAAAUGUGGGAAAGCCUUUAUUUGUUUCUCAGCUCUUAGUAUCCACAUGAGAACCCACACUGAGGAAAAACCAUAUGAAUGUAAGGAAUGUGGGAAGGCAUUUCGACAUUCUUCAUACCUUACUAUACAUGCAAGAAUGCACACUGGAGAAAAACCCUUUGAAUGUCUGGAGUGUGGAAGAGCUUUCAGUUCUCCCUCAUCCUUUGGGAGACAUGUGAGAAGCCAUACUGGAGAGAAACAUAUGAAUGUAAGGAAUGUGGGAAAGCCUUUAUUUGUCCAGCCUACUUUCCAAGACGUGAACAUUCACACAAAGGACAACAUAUAAAUGUAAGGAGUAAGGGAAUCUCUGCAAGACUUUUUCUGAACUAAUGCAAUUUUUGAAGUGUCAUUUUGUGAAGUCUCAUACUGUAGAGACACUAUACAUGUGUGAACGUGGGAGAUUAUCACUCAUUCUUUUGAAGAGUUGAGGACAACUGAGAGAAACCCUGUGUUUGUAAAUCCAUUUGAUUUUGAACAUAACUUGUGCCACAGUCUGGCUGGGCUGUGCAAAGUAGCCGGGGGGGCGACAAGCAACUUGUGAAGUUUGAAACAGCGGGAGCCUCUUUAUUCAGAACAGCACAGGUAUAUAUACUCAACUAAAUACACACAGCUUAUCUCAAUUAACAUCUAAUUACAGCAAUCAGUCAUUAAGGAAUC